CAAGGUACUGGGUUUAUUUAGGAACGGGUAAAAUUAGAAGAGUUCAGCAGGCUUAGACCAAGAGAGAACAUGGCAAAGGUAGCCCAACAAGGUAACUGGAGAGAAAGCAGCUAACAAGAGAGUUGAGAGUAAAACGUCUAUGAAGAAGCAGGGAACCAAGGCGGGGGUUCUUGGCAAUGAUUUGGCAGCAGUCCUCCGCCCAGUGCUCCGUUACGCUUAGUUGGGGAAGGGGAGGGGGGUGCCGAUGGGGUGGUGCAGCGUUUGUCUGCCGUCGCUGCGGUGGUGGCUGGAACAGGUGAGCCGCCGGUGCCAGGUCCCUUCCCUGCCCUUCUCCCAGUGCCCUUUUCAGAAACACUCAGCCCAGCUCUUCGCUGUUCGGCAGCUCCCCUCGGUUUGGGGUGUUGCAACUGGCGGCAGGGUGCUUCUCUCCCCCCACCCCCACCUCCUUCUUCUUUUAGGUUGCUCCACCCCGCCCCGGAUCAGGCGAGGGGGGGGAAACCAGCCGAAGCUGGCGUUUGCCAACUCGUGCGUGCGGAGUGUGUCUGAACUCAGGGAGUGAAGUCCUGCGGCGGCGGCGGCGGCGGCAGCGGCAGGCGCUGCCUCUCCCUCUCAGGUCCCUGUCUUCUCCUUUCUGCAGGACCCCUCGGCCUGCCCCUACCCCCUCCCCUCUAGCACACCCACCCUUUCCCACUUUUUUUUUCUUUUUGCAAUCACAUGGUAUUUUAAGAAUGCUGGAAAGAUGGCGGUAGCAGCAGCAGCAGCAGCAGCAGCAACAGCAGCAGCAGCAGCCUCGGCAGCGCCGGCUGGGGGAGGCGGCGGCCGGGGGCAGCGGAGCGGGCUGCUGGAAGUUUUGGUGCGGGAUCGCUGGUACAAAGUUCUGGUGAACUUGAACGAGGACGCCCUGAUCCUGAGCAGUGAGGAGGGCGCCGGGGCUUACAACGGCAUCGGGGGCGGCGGCGGAGCCACCAAUGGCUCUUUCUGCCGUAGCACUGGCGGAGGAGCCAGUGGCCAUGGCCCGGGGGGUACUGGAGGCAGCAGCUUGGCUGGAAGCGGGAACCAGUCCCUAGAUACCCCCGCUCCUCCGAGCGGGGGAAGCCCCCAAGUGGGAGUCCGCACCGCGUUCACUGACCUGCCCGACCAAGUGCCCGAGUCCAUUGCCAACCAGAAGCGAGGCGUAAAGGUGUUGAAGCAGGAGCUCGGGGGGCUGGGUAUCAGCAUCAAGGGGGGCAAAGAGAACAAGAUGCCCAUCCUCAUCAGCAAGAUCUUCAAGGGGCUGGCUGCUGACCAGACCCAGGCCUUGUACGUGGGGGACGCGAUCUUGUCUGUGAAUGGAGCCGACUUGAGGGACGCCACCCACGACGAGGCAGUUCAGGCGCUCAAGAGAGCGGGCAAAGAGGUGUUGUUGGAAGUGAAAUACAUGCGAGAAGCAACUCCCUACGUGAAAAAGGGUUCUCCAGUGUCUGAGAUUGGGUGGGAGACUCCCCCACCUGAAUCCCCACGAUUAGGAAGCACCAACUCGGAUCCACUGUCGCCACUUUCCCUCUCAUUUCACAGAGACAAAAAAUGCAUCCCUCUCAAAAUGUGCUACGUGACUCGGAACAUGGCUCUGAAUGAUCCUGAAGACAGACAUCUUGAAAUCCAUUCACCUGAUGCUAAGCACACUGUCAUCCUUCGGAGCAAAGACUCGGCCACAGCCCAGGCAUGGUUCAAUGCCAUCCAUGGCAAUGUUAGCGACCUGCUUACAAGGGUCAUCGCAGAGAUCAAAGAGCAGCUGGGGAAGAGUGGCAUCCCUGGGAGCCGAGAGAUCAGACAUCUAGGCUGGCUUGCCGAAAAGGUGCCAGGAGAGAAUGAAAAGCACUGGAAGCCAGCCUUGGUUAUGCUGACUGAGAAGGACCUCUUAAUCUAUGACAGCAUGCCUCGGAUGAAGGAGGCCUGGUUCAGCCCUGUUCAUACAUACCCUCUGCUGGCUACCAGGUUGGUCCAUUCAGGUCCUGGAAAAGGAUCACCACAGGCUGGAAUGGAUCUGUCCUUUGCAACUCGGACUGGUACCAGGCAAGGAAUUGAAACCCAUCUCUUCAGAGCAGAGACCAGCAGGGACCUCUCCCAGUGGACAAGAAGCAUCGUCCAGGGCUGCCACAACUCAGCAGAACUCAUAACGGAAAUCACCACCUCAUGCACAUACAAAAACCAAGAGUGCCGUCUGACCAUCCAUUAUGAGCAUGGAUUCUCCAUCAGCACAGAGCCACAGGAGGGUGCCUUCCCCAAGACAAUCAUUCAGGCUCCCUAUGAAAAGCUCAAAAUGUCUUCAGAUGAUGGAAUCAGGAUGCUUUAUUUAGACUUUGGAGGAAAGGACGGAGAGAUUCAGUUGGACCUUCACUCCUGCCCCAAGCCUAUCGUGUUCAUCAUUCAUUCCUUCUUGUCGGCUAAGAUUACAAGGCUUGGGUUGGUGGCAUAAAUGGAGGGAUAAUGGUUUACACCAGAAGAAACAGAACCACCAUGCUUACUGGAAGUAUGAUCCACCAAUCCAUGCUAGGUGCUAGCCAGCCACCAGCAGUGCCCCAGGGGGAGCAGAGGACAAUGGUUGUCAGGUCUAGCCAUUCCUGGUGACUCUCUGAGGCAUUGCUUUCAGUUUAGUCAAACCCAAAGGAGCUACAUUAAGAGAAAAGCAUCACCUGGGAUUUCAGAACCAGUCUCUUUAGUCAAGGAAAAUGUCCUUUUGGGGACAGGAAACAGCUUGUAAAUACUGACAAAAGGGGCUUUUAAAAGUUCAGUGAUUUGAAAUGAUUUAAAAUAUACUGUACAAUAGAAAUUAGCAUAUUACUGUGUGUUCACUUCAGAAUCAUUGUUGUAUCUAUUUUCACAUAAUGUCUUCAUUGAUAAUGAGCGAGGGCUAAGUAGGUGAAGAAUGGACAUUUAUUACCCUCUCCCUCCAACCCCCAAAUGAUGAAGGAUUAGAAUUAGACUAUUUCCAGCUGCUAAAUACAUUUAAUUUCUUUGAGGGAAAAAACUAUGUUUUUCACAUAGGAUCUAGUCUUUUCGUAAGAUCAGAGAUUCAUUGACUUAAGGAAAGAACUUUAGAAACCAUCUAGUCCAACUCCCUCAUUUUUCAGAUUCCAAAACAGGCCAACAAAGGGAAAAGUGACUUCCUCAAGGUCGAGUAGGUAGUUAAGUAGCAGAGCUGGGAAUCCAUAUCCUGACUCAAAAUUCAACCUCUUCCCACCAUCCCAAAAUAUGGGAUGGCUAUAAUACUCUUUUUUGAUGAAUUAUAUUUCUGAAGUUAGAGAAUGAUUCUGAAGUGUUCUCCGUUAAUGAAUGUUCAGCAAAAAAUAAAUAAAUAAAUAAUUCAAUAGAAAUCAAUCUACUGAUUGGUAAGAGUUGAAAACUACUUAGGUUACUUAGUGUGUGGGUAAAGAUGAUUAAUCCUGGGACUCCAAUGUGAAUACCAACUCUGUUCCCUGCGAGCAGAACCAAUGAGAAGGAAGCUGGCAGCAGACAUUGAUUGUUAGCUUUCCAGGUUGGAGAAUAAGUCACAAUUGUUUUCUUUUUUUUUUAAGAACUAACUUUAACAUAUAAGAGGAGAGAAAAAACCCUACCAGGCCAUGUAAAUUCUUUAUCCUCCGCUCAGAUUUGUUGACAUCGAUUUCAAGUAUUGAAUCAAGGUGCCAUUCCUCUCAAGACGCUUCUUUCCAGGCCAUGUGGGCAACAGUAUGCUGGGGUGCAUAUUUGGAUGUCCUGCUGGUUAUCCCCAAAUUAAAUUCUCUCCAGUAUUUUGAGUCCUUUUAGAAUUAUAGAGACAACAGCUAAUGGCCUGGUUUUGUUCCACCAAAUAAUCAAGAACAAAUUGAAGCUGUUGAAACCUAAUUUCACUGAAACAAAAUCUCAGAGCUUUGGGGUUUACAUCAACUCCAUCCAACAUUUAAAUCAGUUUCUUCUCCCUGUGGCUUGUCUAGACAGGCUUUGUGGAUUGGAGUUCUGUAGUUUUCAGAAUCACAGGUUUUUUGCAGAUAUCUAUGCAAAGAAUUUAAAAGAGGAAAAUUUGAAAUUGGCUCACCUGCUCUCAAACCUCUCUGCUGCCAGGGUUAUGAAAUGAAAUGAUGUGCGAAGCCUUAUGGGGGUGGGGUUGGGGAGGAAAGAUUGAAUUUCUUAAGCGUGCUUAUAAAUGUGGAUCUUUAUAUCUAUAAAGCUAAGGAGUGCAAUGUGAGCUUUAUGUACUGUAGGAAAGGCUUGACACGUUUGUAAGUUGCACUGCAUUAUUUCCUUACACAUCUGAAAAUCACUGGAAUGUUGUUCUAUAAGAGAAUUUUACUUGUGCAUUGUAAAUAACUUCUUAGGAAACAUGCUAGUGCCAAGAGCUGAGGUCGCCGCAGUACAGAAUGCAAGGUGCUCAGUACUACAUGAAGAACGAAUGACUUACUCAGAAUUAAUGUCAACAAUCCUAUUAUAUAUUUAUAGAAAAAUUCGAAUGAUGAUAAUUGCAAAUAUUCUUUCUUCAUCACUUACCAGGUUUUGGAUUGAUUCAUAUGUGGGUGGGGUCAACCGAAUGAAACUACCUUCUCUGCAUUUAUAAAAAUUUAAUUAAAAUAUUUAUAUUUUAGAAGAAAUAUAUUUGAAUAAAAUUAUUGGAUUUUUCUGAAGCAAACUAAAAUGUGUCACUAGCAAGUAACUUAGCUUUUAUUAAGAGAAUUGUGUGGGUCAUUUAUUGCUCCAGAGAAGCUGGAGGGCUUCUCAUGGUGGGUUCGGCAUGGAGUGGCUAAAAAGGACCAGCUCAUAAAGUGCGUGUCUACAGAGAUAGACAGAGAUAGAUAGACAGACAGACAGACAGACAGACAGACAGACAGACACAGAUAGACAGACAGACAGACAGACAGAUAGAUAGAUAGAUAGAUAGAUAGAUAGAUAGAUAGAUAGAUAGAUAAAUGGAUGGAUAGAUAGAUAGACAGAUAGAUGGACAGACAGACAGACAGACAGACAGGUAGAUAGAUAGAUAGAUAGAUAGAUAGAUAGAUAGAUAGAUAGAUAGAUAGAUAGAUAGAUAGAUAGAUAGAUAUACAUACAUACCUGGGAGCUGGCCUGAACACAGAUGAAAUCACAGGUCCAGAAUGAAAAAAGUAUGUCAUGAAAGUUACCAAUGUGUUUCAUUCAGAAAGGAUAUAUAUGUUUAUAUAUAUAUAUAUGUAUAUAUGUAUAUGCAUAUAUACAUGUAAAUGUGUGUAUAGAUAGAAAUGUGUCUGUAUCUUGAUAGAAAUGAAUAUCCACCUAUCUAGACAGGUACCUCAACACACCUAUCUAGAUAGGUAGAUAUCUCCAUCUAUCUCUCUAUUUAUAGAAAAUAAUAGAUAAAAAUCUAUAUCUAUACAGAUAUGGAUAGUUAUAGAUAUAGAUUCCUAUAUCUAUAUAGACAUAUAGGUAGAUAUACAUAUUUUUUCCUUUUUGAAUGAAACACUUAUUUUUUAUUACAGCUUUGUUUGUUUGUUUGUUUUCGACCAUUGAUUUCAUCUUUGAUUUCCUAAAGAAUUCCCAAUAUGGAAACUCCCACCAUGGUACAAUGGGGAAAGUGCAGGAUUUAAAGUCAGAGGAGAUGAGUUCAAAUCCUGCCUCUGCUGCUUACUCCGUGUAUGACUUUGGGCAAGUCACUAAAUUUCUGUUAAGUUUCCUUACCUGUAAAAUGAUGAGAUUUGGUCAGAUGGCUUCAAAAAUAGUCUUUUCCAGUGCUAAAUCUAUCAUCCCUCAAUCCACCCAUGGCCGUAAGACUGUAACAUAAAGUUUGAUAGUCUGGGAUACUGAGAUAUUUAAGCAAAAUGCCUAUUGUAUAUAAGUCGUAUGUUUCAGAUGAGUGACUUGAAUUCCAAGGCUUCCCCUCUAUACAUUACAUCAGACCACCUGUCAUGGUAGGCAUCAGUGGGGAAGAUGGAGGGGAACUGAUUCUGAUCAACCAAUGAAACCCCUAUUAUAUUUUUUGAAAUUUUUUUCUUUUUUUGCCAAAUUAUCUUAACCAAGUUCCAUUUUGCCAAAUCAGCAGUGUCUUCUGUCCAUUUUAAUCAGUGGAUUAGUUGUGUUUGCAAGCCAUGUUUUUUGUUAUGGAGGUUAAGGCUGACAGAAGUGUUCAGUAUUAUUACCACUGCUCCAUAGGAGACUCGCCCAUUUGUAGUCAGCAGUGGCUAGGUGGGUGAAAAAACAUUUUGUGCCUCUCUAAGGGAAAGGAAAGCUUGAAGAAAGGUUGAAAUACAAAUGGUGGUGAAUUCUGACUGGCACUAGGUGGAAUGAAAUAAAAUGAUGAAUCCUUCAGAAGGAUCUUAGGAGAUAAGCCUUGAAGGCUUUGAACUGUAGUCUCCUUUGAGAAAUCAAAGAACAGCUCUGAAACCAGCUUCUGUAUAGUCAGAGGCUUGUUUAUUCUGCUUAAUUCGUAUCAAUUCAAAUAAUUUAGAAUGGCCUUAAAAGAAUUCUUCUGAAGUUGAGUAGGACCCAUCUGUUCUUUGGUUUCUCAACGUCCACUAUGAUAACUUCUAGAGGUGACCAGACAGGAAGGAAGAUGACUUUUUGAAUGUAUCACAACUUUUAAAAAUGUGCCUAUAUGAUUAGUAUCAUUAACAUAUAUGCCUAAAAAGUCUAGUUGAACUAAAUAAAUACUCAUUAUCCAAUUUCUAGCAGUGAAGCCAUAAUGCAGAAUCAACCCAAUGGACACAAUGUAUGUGACAAAGUCUGUCAAAAGUUUUAGAAGGCUGAAGGCUAAGGGCUAAAUGGGCUAGAAAAUUACAUACUUAUUUUUGUCCUAAUUCAUUAGCUGGUAUCAGGAGGACAUUGGAAAUAAAAUGGAAAAUACAAGGGAUUUCCAUCUCCAGCAACUUUCCCCCAACAUCAUAUGGGAGCAAUCCCAUUACAAAGGACAAAGAGAAUGUUGAAAACUUUUUAUGAUUCUGAAAUUUUGUCAAAUUUAAGACAGGUGGCAAAUAUUUUUCUUCUGCCAGCAUUUUAUUGUAAUGGCAUCUAUUGUCAUAGAAAUUAAACUGUACAUCAAACUCUAAAGGCCUGCCCUAAUUCUCUUUUGGAUUGGAUUAAAUAUUAUUUGAAACAAGUGAUCCACAGACUAGAGUUUAGGAUUGACGUGAAAGCUGUCUUCAAGUAUUAAUAGGGCUGUCAUUGGGAAGAGGGAAUAAAUUGAUUCUUCUGGGAGUUAAUAGACAAAACUAGAAACAUACAUUAGGUUACAAGAGAUUGAAUUCCCAAAACAGAAGGGGCCAGUUGGUUGUUUUGGGGUGUUGGGUGACAUGUGAAUGCUAUAAAGAGGAUCCCUAUUCAAGAAUAGGUUGGGAUGUAAAACUCAUUAAACUUCUUCCAAUUUUGACCUUUGGUGAUUAGGUCAAAGUUUUCUGAUUUUUAUUGUAAUUGGAUUUGACUUGGAGUCUUAGAAUUGUAAGGGUUAAAAGAGCCCUUUAAGAACAACUUCUUGCCUGAUGCAAGUUCCCCUCUACAACUGCCCUAAUAAAUGGUCUUCUAUCCUCUGCUGAAAUUAUGGUGAGUUCAUUGCCUCUUAAGGUAGCUUGGGUUAUUUUUAUUUGGUUUUCUGACAACAACCUUUAUUCUGAUUCUCUUUUAAAUUUUUCAUCACUGUAGAGAGGUGCAGGACUUACUCCACCAAUAAGGAUUGGCAUCCCCUUUUCUGAAAUUUAUACUUGUUUGGGCCACUGAGGAGGGUGUAAGCAACUUGCUCUAGGUCAUGAGUAGGAUGAGGAAAGCUGUCUCCUUUAUAUCACACUGAAUUUUCAAUUCAUCUUUAUACUGAAGCCAAUCCUGUCUUACAGGGCAUUCUCUUCUUCCUAGCCAAUUGCUUCUAGUUAUGCUCCCUGAACUACACAAAUUAAGGAGAAAGUCUCGAUUCUUUUCCCUAGAAUAAGAACUUAAUUUUUGGGAUUAAAAGAGCAGAGAUUGGAAAUAGUAGUAUUUCUAGGUUUAGAUUAUUUGAAAGGUUUGCAUAAAUCUCUUUUCCAAAUGACAGCUCUUUUAUACAUGGAGAUAGUUAUCAUUUCCCCUGUAGUUGUCAUCUUCUCCCAGCCAAAUCCACAAAGAUCCUUGAACCAUUCUUUCCAAGAAAGGAGGAGGAAAAACCCACUUGUAGCUUUGUGUGAUGGUUCCUAAAUAGUCCCCCAUCCUGGUCACUUAAGUGGACAGAUUUGGAAAUGAAAAACCUGGAAGGAGAUGGAGUAGAAGAUUUUCGAAAGCAACCACCACCCCCAAUACAUCCUUUUAGCCCAAAUCAAUCUUAUAACAAGAUCAGUAGUAGUCAUUUUAUUUAAAGGGGUUUCUUUAUCUUCUAUAUUCAAAUGGAUCUCUGAUCUCAUCCUAGUGGGUAGUCCAUCCAACCAUGCAGAUUGCCAUUCAUCCCUGCUGCUCAUCCUACGUGCCUCUUUGUCCAUGUUCCCCUAUAAGCUGUAUGCAGGGAUGCAUCCAACAUGGCGGAUGCCUUUCUUGCCUUCUCAGGACAUCCUGAAAAUACCAAUAGAGCAUUCAAACCAUCCAUUGAGUUUUCCUUUAUGAUAGAUCUCUUUUUACUCACACAUUCCCAGUUAGAUUGUGAGCUCCUUGAGGGCAAGGAUUGCCUUUGGCUUCUUUUUGUAUCCCCAGGGCAAAGUGCCUAGCACAUAGUAGGUGCUUAAUAAAUGAUCACUGAUUGAC